UUUUUCACGAACUUUUAUUUAUAACCACAACUCAAAGUCUAAAAUUCACAUUCAUAAGAGAAAAUUGUGAAUUGAACUUACAUAAAAAAAAAAGAUGGAAGCAAAGAAAGUAUAUGAGGUGACACUAAAUUCAGGAAAAAAGAUGCCAAUGAUAGGACUAGGAACUGCAACAGCACCUCUUCCAUCAAAUGAAGCUCUUAUUUCAAUUUUGGUUGAUGCAAUUGAAAUUGGUUAUAGACAUUUUGAUACUGCUGCUGUAUAUGGUAGUGAAGAAUCUCUAGGAAAAGCUAUUUCAAAGGCUUUAGAGUUAGGCCUUAUCAAAAAUAGAGAUGAAGUUUUCAUUACUUCCAAGUUAUGGUGUACUCAUGCUCACCCUAAUCUUGUUCUUCCAGCUCUCAAAACAACUCUCAAAAAACUUGGGUUGGAGUAUGUUGAUCUCUACUUGAUUCAUUGGCCAGUGAGGUUGAGACAAGAUGUUGUAGGCUUUAACUACACAGGUGAAGAUGUGAUUCCUUUUGACAUAAAAGGAACAUGGAAAGCUAUGGAAGAUUGUAAUAAAUUAGGCUUAGCUAAGUCUAUUGGUGUUAGCAACUUUGGCAUCAAAAAGCUUUCUCUAAUCUUAGAAAAUGGCACCAUUCCUCCUGCAGUUAAUCAGGUGCAAUUGAAUCCAUCAUGGCAACAAGGGAAACUGAAGGAUUUUUGCAAGCAAAAAGGAAUUCAUAUGAGUGCAUGGUCACCAUUAGGAGGAUACAAAGUUUUUUGGGGUUCUAAUGUUGUCAUGGAGAAUCCAAUUCUUCAUGAAAUUGCUGAGGCUAGAAAUAAGACUAUAGCUCAGAUAGCACUAAGAUGGAUACUUGAGCAAGGGACAAGUGCAAUUGUGAAAAGCUUCAACAAAGAAAGGAUGAAACAAAACCUUGAAAUAUUUGAUUGGGAAUUGAGCCAAGAGGAAUUGGACAAAAUCAAUAAGAUUCCACAAUGCAUACCUUACAAUGCAGAAAUGUUUGUAUCCAAAAAUGGACCUUACAAAUCCUUGGAAGAGUUAUUUGAAUAAACAAUUUAAUUAAACAUUUAUUAUACUAGUAUUUAUGUAUAAGAUGUUUUGAUUAAGUUGUUAAAAUUAUGUACUCCUUUUAUGUAUAAUACUAUUGAGAGAUGAGAGAAAAUCAUAAUUAGAGAAAAAAAAGUAAAGUAGUGUUUGGCUUUACAGUGAAAAA